GCAUCGGCUUGUGGAGUAGACAGGUUGGUUUAUAUCUCCUCCUCUAAUGCCCUCAUUUUAGUGUAUUUUUCGAGUGUUUACAGAAGAAAUUGCGAGAAUUUGUGACUAAUAAUCCUCAGAGUUGUGAGGAAAGGUGAGAAAAUUUGUUGAGACGCCACGCGAACGAAGGAAGAGACGAGAAUGAAGGACGUUGUGAUUGACCUGCAUGUGAGGGAAUCGAACAAAGGACCUCGAAAUGGGGUAACGGACUAUCGUAAAUCGAAGGAGAUUGGCCUACCUGUGCGUUUUUUGUUCGAAUGCAGCAUCAAGCUCAAUCAGAAGCCUCUCACUUCAGCCAUGGCAGCCAUCAUCUUCCAUCGUUUCUUCAAGGAAACCGACAAGACCAACUACGAUGAGUUCCUGAUUGCCGCUUCAUCUCUCUAUCUGGCUGGGAAGCUCAAGGAUGAUCCUGUAAAGAUCAGGGAUGUCAUCAAUGUUACCCACAAUACGCUCAAUCGAGGCACAGCUCCAUUGGAUCUCGAUGACGAAUACUGGGCCAUGAGAGAUGCCAUCGUCCAGGCUGAACUUCUCAUUACGCGCAUGCUUAAAUUUGAUCUGUCCACCGUGCAGCAUCCCCAUAAGUACAUGUUGCACUACAUGAAGUCCCUUCAGGGAUGGCUGGGAACACCACUCUGGAAUUCAACGCCCAUUGCCAAGACAGCAGCUGCCUUCCUCCAGGACUUCCAUCACAGUCCCGAAAUCCUCAACUACAAGUCAUCACAUAUUGCCAUCUGCUGCCUCUCCCUCGCCAUGCAGACUUAUGGAGUUCAGGUGCCACUUACAAAUGAGAGUGACGAGAAUACUCAUUGGUAUCGUGCUUUUGUAACUGAUCUGACCAAGGCACAGCAUUGGGAACUCUGUGAGAAGAUCCUGAAGAUCUAUGAGACAGCACGCGAUGAACAUAAAUAUUUCAAUUGAUAUUUUUUUGUGUGUGACCAGAGAGACCAUUCCAAUCUCAGAAUCCCCUUCAGUAAGCAUAUCAAUGCGCGUCCCCUCUGAGCUAAACUUCCCACGGUGGAUGACCAAUAUUAACCAUGUGGAAGGAAGGUAAGAUAACAAAUUUUCUCAACUCUCUCCUCCAGCUUUUUUUUUAUUAUUAUACCGUAUUUUUCUCUAAAUAAAAUACCCUAAAAAUUGUAUUAACAAAAUACAAAUGAGGCAAA